GUCUUGACGACACGACACGCAGCGGCCCUGCUCGAGUCUGUCGUCGUCGGCUGUCUAUUAUCUGUUGCCACGCUCUACCGGCCCGCCUACACACUUGGCAAUUAUUGACUUUGUUUAUUAUCCGCUCUGCCCCCCUCAGACCUUGAUCAUGGCGUCACCAAGUGCUCUGCUGUUCUAUCCCUCGCCCAAGCCACUUCUGGGGUUUCCGCCAUUGAAGCAGACAUUCACUUGUUCACAGCUUCUGUCGUCCGAUAGCCCAAAAUGAGACUUUCUCUUGCGACUCUGGCCUCGCUGCCGGUGCUUGUUGCCUCGUUAGCCUCGACCGACUCAUACCGCGAUGCUGAUCUACCGCAAUCUGGCUAUCUUCCGAACCACAACCUGGACCCCAAUGUCGCAGGCUCUUCAAGCUUCAAGAACCUAUGGACAUUCACCUCUCCCAACCCCAGGGAGCUGUGGUUGGCCAAGCCUCUGGUUUACACGCCCGAUGGCCAAUCCGAACUCGUCAUCACAGCCUCCGAGAUGAAUGUCGUUCGCGUCUUUGACAGCAAGACGGGAAGGGUAUUGCAAGAAAGGACACUUCAACCGCCGUUUGCUUCCAUCGACAGCAACUGCGGCGACAUUCCCGACUGGAUCGGUGUUACCGGCACUCCCAUCAUCGACCCCGCAACCGACAUCAUGUAUCUCUUCUCCAAAGGCUACAAGGACGGAACAACUUCCGGCACCGCUAACGGAGCCUACAAGAUGUACGCCCUCCGGAUCCCCAGCCUCGAAGAUGUUGCCGGCUUUCCCGUUCUCAUCGAUGGCAUCAAUGCCGACAAUGAUGCUGCCCGCUACUUUGUCGGUGGCGUAGCUCUGCAGCGGCCAUCGCUGACGGAGCUCAACGGGCACAUCGUUGCGGCCUUUGGCUCCCACUGCGGCCGUUGGAACUACACGGGCUACCUCGUCUCCGUCAGCAAGACCCCGGGCGUCGGUCCCGUCAGCAUGUGGGCAACCGAGGCCGCGCCGGGCGCUCCCAAGCCCCAGCCGCUCGACUUGGCCACCGAAACUGGCGGCAAGGCCGGCAUCUGGCAGAGCGGUAUGGGCCUACCUACUGUCGGCAACAACAUUUACUUCGUCACCGGAAACGGCCAGGGGCACGUCAAUGGCAACGUGCCAGCCAGCGGCAGGCUUCCCAUGUCGACGUUGGAUGAGUGCAUCGUAAAGAUGGAGCUGUCGGCAGCCGGCAAACUGACCUUGGUCGAUUACUUCCAGCCGUACGACUACAUUGGCCUCGACGCCGGCGAUCGCGACGUUGGCUCUUCUGGACUGGCCGUUCUUGAUGCCAGCGUCUUCAAGGGUGCCGGAGUCAAUCGGAUCGGUGUCACAGCCGGAAAGAAAGGCCGCACUUAUGUGGUCAAUGCCGACAACCUCGGCGGUUUCCGGCAGGCCGCAGACGGCGGUGACGGCAUCUUGCAAACCAUCGAGCUCGGCGGUUCUCUGUACGGUGGAUUUGGCAGUUAUCCUGCUGAGGGGGGCUACAUUUAUGCAACCACGGUCGGCGGUAGUCUUGUUGCCUACAAGCUUGGCUUCGACUCCAAGGGCGCCCCUCAGUUCAGUCUCGCCGGAAAGUCGGCAUGGAUCUCUGCUGGCCGAGUCGGCGUUGGCCAGAUGACUGUUACCUCUGACAACGGGAAGAUUGGCAGCGGUAUUGUCUGGAUCACCGACGUCAACGCUGGCCUUCAGGCCUUUCGCGCAGUUCCUCAAGACGGCGUCAUGGUCCCUCUCAAUCUUCCGCGGUCCCAAGGCACCAACAAGUUCCAGCGUCCUGUUUUCGGAGACGGCCGUGUCUUUUUCCACUCCAACAACAACAAGCUCGUUUGCUUCGGAGCCCCCGUCAACUCGGCCGUCAACUGCACCAGCCCAGUCGACUUCGGCUCCCUUGAAAUGGGAUCUACCGCCAGUGUCAAAGUCAGCUGCAAGGCCAACGUUGCACUCACCCAGGUCGUUGGCUGUUCCGUCUCGGACGCCUCAUGGUCGUGUUCCAACUCGACCCUGCCCACGGGCGCCGUGGCCGCGGGCACUUCCUUCUCGCUGGACGUGACAUGGGACCUCUUGAACCCUGCCGCCAAGGUCAUUCCUGGGUUCCUCUCCGGCGCGUUGACGCUGUCCAUCAGCGCCUCGGCAGACUACGCUUCAAGCACCGUAGUGUCACUCCAGGGCACUGUUGUCAAACAAGGUGCCUUCCUCAGCGCAACCCCUUCGGACAUCGCCUUUGGAAGACUCGUUCAGCGAGAUGCCCCUGACGGCUUGACCGGCACGGCUUUGCUGCAGAACGUCGGCAACGGCACGCUGACCUUCACCGGCUUCGCUUGGCAGAGUGAUGCUGGCACUUACACCAAUCUCACAGGCGAUGGCAACUUGGGUUCCGGCUUUUCGUCUUCCAACUUCCCUGCUGUCGGCUCCACCCUCGAGUCUGGUCAAGGGCUGACCGUUCCGUUGCGUUUCUUGCAACAAGCCACUGGGUCGUACACGACAAAGGUCGCCAUCUGGUCGAACGGCGGCUCGGCCGUCCUCACACUGAGCGGCUCCGUCAACGAUCCGCCCGCUGUUACCUUCGAGCUAGCCGAUGGUUCCGGCAACUGGAAUGCGCUAUCAGACUACAAGGUUGCGUUUGGAGAUGUGCUCGCCGGCGCCUUGGUCGACAAGCAGAUCCGCGUCUGCAACAAGGGCGGAGCGCCUUUAACAAUCACCAUUUCUAAGCCCCCCGCAACGCCUCAGUUGUUUGCCCUUAACCCCAACCAUGACCUCACCGAAGGAACCCAGGUUCCGGCCGGCACAUGCGCCAUUGGUAAUGUCGGCGUACACGCCGCCCCUGUCCAACCGAACCACCCAUCUCAACCUCUCGGGGCUCUGUGGACUCUCAGCACCGACGGCAACGAUCCCAUAACGGGCCAAGCCUCCGGGUUGCACAACAUUGUUUUUGAAGGCACAGUCGUCAGCAAGCAAGUUGGGCCUCUCCUCACGAACGGAACUGCGCGGUACCAGUGGGUUGGAUGCUUCAAGGACACCACUAACCUGGGCCGCAACCUGCCCAACUCGGUUAACAACGCGGCGCAGCAGAAGACAAACACGCUCCAACAGUGUCAGGCACUUUGUCUUGCCAGGGGCUCCAUCCUCUCUGGCGUGCAGUAUCAUCAAGAAUGCUGGUGUGGUACCAACAUCAAGAACCCUUCCACCUACACGGAUGAGUCCCUCAACCUUUGCACUUUCGAUUGCACCGGCGACGACACACAGGCUUGUGGCGGUGACAACGGGCACAUGAGUUUGUAUGCCGACAUUAGUUCCUUCGACAUUCAAGGAUUUUACCGCUCGCUCAAUGCCCCUAGCUCAAGCUCGAGCUCAUCGGUGCCCGCGGCGACGAGCACCAGCACCAGCACUAGCGUCGCAUCCUCUAGCACCAUUAUCUCGACUGCCUCAUCAAGCAGUGCGGAUCUGCCAUCCUCUUCUGUCAUCAGCAGCACACAGCUUUCUAGUGCUCUGGUCGUCAGCUCGACCUCUUCCAGCUCUGUGGAGUCGAGCAUUUUCUCAUCAGCUACCACAGCAUCUCCUUCAUCAAUUAUCUCGAUAUCUCCUUCAUCGACCACCUUGACCUCUCCUUUUUCGAGCAACAUCGACGUCCCUUCGACUCUGUCCAGCAGUGGCACUCCCAUCACGAGCACCAUCGCGUCGUCAACUACCACCACUUCGAGUACGGCGUCGUCGUCGAGCCCAACGUCGACGAUGGUCAUGUCGCCCCUAAACCCCCGAAUGCCCGCAGUCAUCGGUGAACAGUGGCAAUACGCCGGCUGUUUCAAGGAUUUGAUUAACAGCACACGACUUUUAGGCGAAGCCUUUCUGGCUACCGACGACAUGACCCUGGACAAGUGUGCGACGUUCUGCAGUAAGGGCGCCUACAAUGACGGCGCUUUCAACUACUUUGGUGUCGAAUACGGCCGCGAGUGCUUCUGCGGCUGGGAUGUCAAAGCAGCACAGGCAAGCACAUCGGAGUCGGAAUGUUCCUCGCCAUGCGCGGGCUCGGCCAUUGGUUUGUGCGGAGCCGGAAGCAGGCUUUCUGUCUACAGCAACAAGACCCCUAUCCAGAUCCCGUCUGCUCCCCAGCAUGGCCCGCGAGCGGGCGACUAUAAGUUCCUGGGCUGCCAAACCGAGGCUACCAUUGGUCGUGCCUUGGGCGGCAAGUCCACGGCCUCGGACACAAUGACAGUAGACGUUUGCGCGUCGUUCUGUUCCCUGGGCGGAUGGCAGUUGAUGGGUGUCGAGUAUGGUCGUGAAUGUUUCUGUGGCAACUCGACCAAUGCCGGAUCGAUGCCAGCUCCUCUCAAGGAUUGCAACAUGGUCUGCAAGGGCAACAAGCUUCAAUACUGCGGUGCGGGUAGUCGUCUCGACCUCUACCUAUUCUCCCCGCUUGCCCCUAGCGCGUCUUCGAGCGCCGUGGUCUCGACGAGCUCAGCGAGUUCGACAAGUUCGACAACCUCUAGCUCCUCUUCUGCCGACAGCUCGACCAUUUUGACUUCUUCCUCCAUUGCCAGCUCUUCAAGCCUGGCGUCGCCGUCCAUCUCACCAGUCGCGACAUCAUCAUCGGCGUUGCCAGAAUCUUCUGCAUCGCCAACCAAACCGCCGCCUGCUUCGGACCCCGCCGUCUCGUCUGUCGCGUCAUCGACUAGUGGGGAUUUAACGGUCACUUCAUCCAGCUCGUCGGCCAGCAGCUUGGCAUCAUCUAUGCCACCACCGACGUCCUCGUCAUCUACCAUUCCGGUGCCCACCGUCCCGGCAUCGACAACAGCAAGCAGCUCGGCCGACACGGCACCGAGCACAACGUCGGGUCCCUCAGCCACAGCUACCAAUGGGUACUAUUACAUCGGCUGCUUCCAGGACACCAACUCGGGCCAUGCGCUGCCAGGCUUGUUCGCCAACAACAGCGUGACCCCCGAACUCUGCAUCGACUACGCCAACUCCAAGUUCAGCAACUCACCGACCUCGACGACGAGGAUGCCGUACGUCUUCCUCGAGUACCACCACGAAUGCUACGGAGGCGGCACUUUCGACUUCAAGGGUGCUGCGGUCACCUCAUUGGUUGGAAAGCAGGCUUGCAAGGACUACUGCUACGGCAGCGUCAGCACAUUCACAACGAACGGCAAGGCCACGACAACGACCGGUACGGCUAACUACUGCGGCGGUCCCAAGAUGUUCGACCUGUACGCGUUGUCAACACCCGUCGCUUUCCCCACAACAGGCGGGCCUCUGGUCACUAGGACAGUGAAUUGAGGCGGUCUCGAGGGAGAAACUCAUGAUUGAUACAAUUGCAUAAUCACGCAUUGAACAGCGCAGCAUUUGUCAAUUUUUAUUUUCAGUACAUACCCAGGCAUCCCCAAACAUUGGAUGUCAAGCAAUUAUGCGCAUACUUAGGCUUCAUCUCCACAUUCAUAAUAAUAGUUCAUAUAAUCUCAACUUGAAUCGUCCAAUAUGUCGUGAGGCUUGUUGUUCUCCAUCAAGUGAGUGGUAUGCUGGAAACUACUGUCGCAGGUCAUGUGCAUGUGGCCUCUUUCAACAUUUCCUUCACCUA